UGUUGGUCUCGGUGCCCGGUCUGCCCGGUGGUCUUGUUUCGCCGCAAGCCGCACGUAAUUUGCUUGUUAAAGUAAGAAGCCUAAAAGCCAUCCAAGCUUAAAAACAAGUGGUAGUUUCAGGAUAUUUACCUGUAUACUCUGCACUACUUACAGCUUAUGUGUUUUGAAUAUUGGAUGGCAUAACGCUAAGCCCUAGUCAGGUUUAUGAUUGGCUAACUAUUUCAAAAUGAGCUACACAACUACGUCCUACUACAAGCCAAGUGGACCUCCGGGUAUGUCCAGGGGUCGAGGCGGCUACUCAGGCCCGCCGAGGGGCGCUCCCCGGGGCGCUCCAAGAGGUCGCGGUUCGUCCGAGGGCGGAUGGGUUUCCCGCGGCAUGUCUCGAGGCCGUGGCUACCAGGGCGGCUACCAGGGUCGGGGCGGUCCUAGUGGUCCCGGUGGUGGAAUGCCAUCGUCCAGCGUGGGGCAGUGGCGCGGUCACCAGGACUCGUCCAGUCAUCAGGGUGGCUACAGGAACGACCGGUACCCUUCUGCAGGCUCGCGCCCAAGUGACUCGCGGUACCCUUCGACACGGGGCGGCGGCACGGUAGACUACAACAACAGGCGGUACACGCCGAGGGACGGUCCUCCCAGUUACUCGUCUUCAAGGGAACACCACCGGUCUCCAGAGCCAGUACCUAGGAAGCGCAUCCGGACCGAGGGCUACCCACCUCCUGCAGCAAGUCGGCGCAGUCAUGAAGGUGGCUAUGAGUACAGCUCAAGUCGCUACGAAUAUGGCUCUGAAAAAAGCGGCUACAGCAAUGAGGAUCGAGGACGUCCAGUGUACAGGGAAGAUAGAAGGCCCUCUGCUGAUAGGAGAGAUGAUUACCAUUCACCACGAAGCCGUGACCCAUCUGGCUCUUCAAUGCCUCCUCCAGCUGCUCCAACAAGAGGUGUUGGAAGUUAUCGAGGUGUUCGAGGCCGUGGUAUUGUUGCCCGUUCUUAUCCUGCGAGGAGACCUACUGAAGUAUCCUCCUCCCUUGCUGCUCGCAAAAGAACUUUGAUUGAAUCAUAUGCUGCCAAGAGGCGUAUACUUACUGGAAGAAGUCAGGAUUAUUACAAGAAGCUGAAGAGCAUAAAAUUGAGGAGUGCUGCUCUCAUGUCUGUGAGAAGAGAUGGUAUAAAAUCCGAGCAAGGGGACAGCGAGGAUGACCUGGAAAAUUGGGAUGAUGAACCUGACAAGGAUGCUGUGAGUGAUUCUGAGGAGAAGCACAAAACUGGAGAUGAGUGUGAUGAAGAUGUGGAAAGCGAAGAACCAACCAGGAAAAAGGUAGUCCGCAAGAUAGUAAACAAAGUGGUUGUGAAGAAAAAAGUGGUUUCAGCUGAGGAUGGUGGUGAAGGGACUGCGACAGUCAAAACAGAAGAGGAGGGAGCUGGUGAAGAUGACAAUGUGGAUGAAGCUGUUGAGGAGGAGAUGGAAGCGGAUGUUGAUGGUGACAAGGAACCAAAAAUGCAGGUGACAAUCAAACAUGAUUCAGAGUCUCGUGCUGUCAGUGAUGAUGGUGUGCGCAAAACGUCUUCGGGCAAGCCAGGCUACAAAUUCAUCAAGUUAUUGUGUCCUCAUUGUAAAGAACGUUGUGUCACUUUUAAGGAAUACCAGAACCAUUUAAGAGGCCUUCAUCAUGUUAAUGCAAUGCGUAAACUAUCCUUCCGGCUGAAGCAGAACCUUGCGAGGAUGAGAGUUGAGCAGAGAAUUCAACAGCGCUUGGAUGAGAAGAAUGAUGAACUUCGUGGUGUUGCAGCAGGCAGAACCAACUACUGUCACACUUGUAAACUCAAUUAUCGGCAAGAACGGACGCGGCACAAUGAAUCAGAGAUGCACAAGAAAAUGAAGGAGUUUUUAAUGCCGACCUGCGUCAUCUGCCGCAUCAACUUCAGAAGUCCUAUGCUGUUUGAGAACCACAUCUGCUCUCUGGAACACAUUAAGAUCGAGGAGCGAGUUAUGAGGGGCCGUGACCGGGACCAUCCCACAGAGAAAGAAGUGGACAUGGACAGCUUACUUGUGUUGGACAGUGUAGGCAGUGCAGAUGAGUCUGAUUCUGAUGAUGAAGCCAUGGAUGACAAAUCAGAAGGAAAAGAUGGUGAAAAAAGAGAAAAAAAGAAAAAAGCUCAAAUCAAUUUAGGUGCUGAUUAUGUGAAGAAAGUUGAGGUCAUGUACUGUGAGCUGUGUGCUAUUUAUCUUCCAAGGACAGGUGAGGAAGAUGUGGCUCUGGCUAAUCACUGCCGCACUCGCAACCAUCUUCAAAGAUACGUUCGCUACAAGGAUGACAGAGCUUUGCGGAAAGAAGCAGAAAGGAUUCACCGCAGGGACAAGGCUGAACAGGAGGCACGCAACAAGGCUCAGGAGAUCACUAAGGACACAAAGGCUGAGAAUUCGUCAAGUGAAACUGAGAAGACCCCUAUGAAAGAUAAUGCACCUGAGGAUAAGCAAGAUAAGGGUCCUGGAAGCAGUACGGGGAAUGAAGGAGCAAAUGAUAGUGCGGAUCUGGAUGAUAAAAUUUGGGCAGAUGUUGACAAAGGAUUGGACGAGCUCCUACGUGAGGUCGAGCCUGGAAACAAGUCCAGUGAUGAUGAUGAUGAAUCGGGUCGCUAUGAUCGUUUCCGCUACUCUGACAAGAAGGGUGGUAAAGCAUCCAGUGAAGACAGGGAGGUAGCAGACACUUCUAGCAACAGUUUGCCAUCAACUACAGAGGUCGUACCCAAACAAGAAAAUACAUCUCCAAAGGAAAAUUAGUUAGCCUUUUGUUUAGUAGCUGUUUUUAAACUAGCUUUUAAUUCUAUACCAAGUCUAAAAUUUUGUUACUUUUUUUUUUAUUUUCAAUUUUAUGUAGUGAUACGAAUCUUCUGUACAUAUUGCUGUAUGAAGUUGAGUCCAAGAGCAAUGAAUAAAUGUGUGACUACUUUCAAA